AUGAGGAUUCGCCCGGGAUGCGCGGCUGCACUGGUAGUGUUACUGCAAGUCGCUCUUGUGACGAGCAAGGCGGUGGACCAGAAUCAGCUACAGCAACAAAAGUCUCAGCAACAAGUUCCAUAUGGCACAGCGGCACAGAAGAGAUGGGGUGGUGACAUCGGGGGUGGCUAUGGCCACUCCGGUGGAGGUGACAUCGGGGGUGGCUAUGGCCACUCCGGUGGAGGUGACAUCGGGGGUGGCUAUGGCCACUCCGGUGGAGGUGACAUCGGGGGUGGCUAUGGCCACUCCGGUGGAGGUGACAUCGGGGGUGGCUAUGGCCACUCCGGUGGAGGUGACAUCGGGGGUGGCUAUGGCCACUCCGGUGGAGGUGACAUCGGGGGUGGCUAUGGCCACUCCGGUGGAGGUGACAUCGGGGGUGGCUAUGGCCACUCCGGUGGAGGUGACAUCGGGGGUGGCUAUGGCCACUCCGGUGGAGGUGACAUCGGGGGUGGCUAUGGCCACUCCGGUGGAGGUGACAUCGGGGGUGGCUAUGGCCACUCCGGUGGAGGUGACAUCGGCGCUGGCUUCGGCCAUUCUGGCGGCGGUGGCGGUGGUGCAGCGCUCGAAGGGCACCACGACGACCAUCACGACCAUCACGACCAUCACGACAAGGGUUACUGGAAGAAGAAGCUCAUCUGGAAGCCUGGCUGGAAGAAGAUCUGGAAACCGGCGAAGAAACAGAUCUGGAAGCCCGCCUGGAAGAAGAUCUGGAAGCCAGUGUGGGUACCGACGCAGAAGGCAGUGUGGAAGGACAUCCAGGUACCAGCCUGGAAGAAGAUUUGGAAGCCUGUGUGGAAGGAGAUAAAAGUCCCAGUGUGGAAGGACAUUCAAGUACCAGCGUGGAAGAAAAUUUGGAAACCUGUCUGGAAGCCUAUCAAGGUUCCAGCUUGGAAGGAGAUCCAGGUACCAGCUUGGAAGAAGAUCUGGAAGCCUGUCUGGAAGGAGAUCCAGGUGCCAGUUUGGAAGGAGUUCCAAGUACCAGCUUGGAAGAAACUCUGGAUCCCUGAAUGGGUGAAGGUUGGUAUUCCAGGAGAACAUUACCAUGGCACGGAUCAUCACGGUUGGCAAUACACCAGCCACGAUCUCUGGAAGAAGAAGCUGAUCUGGAAGCCUCUGUGGAAGAAAUACUGGAAACCUGCGAAGAAACAGAUCUGGGUACCCGAUAAGAAGCUGGAAUGGGUGGAAGCUUGGAAGCAGAUUUGGAAACCAGCUAAGAAACAGAUCUGGGUGGACGACAAGAAGUUGAUUUGGAAGGACGAAUGGAAACAGAUAUGGAAGCCGUCCAAGAAGCUAAUCUGGGUGCCUGAUAAGAAACUGGAAUGGAAAGAGGCGUGGAAACAGAUAUGGAAGACCGAUAAGAAAUUGGAAUGGGUACAGGAUAAGAAGUUAGCGUGGAAAGAGGCGUGGAAACAGAUCUGGGUGCCGGCUUGGAAGGAAAUUUGGGUUCCAGCUUGGAAGAAGAUCUGGAAACCGGUAUGGAUAUCGGAAUGGUUCCCCUCGGAGGAUCAUCAUCCUCAUCAUCACGGAUGGGAGGAUCGAAAGGACACGCAGGCUCGAGGAUCUCAGGUGGUCCCUUACAGUCCUGAGGCCGCGACGAAGCAGCAACAGGUCGAUGAGAACAAGGUCAGGUGGGAUAGAUCGUCGAAGGCGGAGGUUCCGUCGAUCAGUCAGGAUCUAACGCCACCUCCAGCGUCGAAUAAUCAGAGUGGUCUAGCAGCGAAUUUCGCGUUUCCCAAGCACUGA